AUGAGUCGAAUAAAUUCAGAAGAAUCAUCUGGUGUAUCAACUAGAGAAUCAUUUGAAAUUGAAGAACCUCAUGAAUCCAUGUUGCAAUCAUCAUCAAAUACCAACAACAACGGUAAGAAUAGUAAUAAAAACUAUAAAUCAAAAACCAUAGAAUCUAUAAUUUAUAUAUCAGGAUGGUAUUUUUUUUCAUUAUCUAUAUCAAUUUAUAAUAAAUGGAUGUUUGGAUCAGGAUUAGAUUUCAAAUUUCCAAUUAUAAUUACAUCAUUUCAUCAAUUAUGUUUAUUUAUAUUGAGUAGUCUGUUGUUAUAUUUCAAUCCAAAUUUAAGACCAUGUCAUAAUAAUUCAUCAAUGAUUCCAGUUCGAAAUUUAAAAAGUUUUUUCAAUAGUCUUCUGAUGGAUUUUAAUAUUUAUUUAAGACAAAUAUUUCCUUGUUCAAUUGCAAGUGCUGGAGAUAUUGGUUUAAGUAAUGUUUCAAUAUCAAUGAUUACUUUAUCAUUAUAUACAAUGUUGAAAACUUCCUCAUUGAUGUUUGUUUUAAUUUUUGGAUUAUUAUUUAAGUUGGAAAAAUUCAAUUGGAGAUUGAUUGUAAUUGUGAUGAUUAUGACCGUUUCAGUAGUUAUGAUGACGGAUAAACCAGAUGAAGAAUUAAAUCAAGAAAAUAAUUCAUCAAUGGGUAUAAUUAUGGUUAUUUCAGCAUCAAUGUUGAGUGGAUUAAGAUGGUCUUUUACUCAAAUUUUACUUAAAAAAAAUUCAUAUACUCCAAAUUCAAUAAGUACUAUAUUUUAUGUAUCACCGGGAAUGUGUUUAAUUUUAUUCUUUUUAGGUUUAAUAAUUGAAGGCUGGGGUAAUUUCACAAGUAGUCAAAUUUGGAUAACCAAAGGAUUAUUUACAACUAUUUUAUUAUUAAUCAUUCCAGGUAUAUUGGCAUUUAUGAUGACUUUAUGUGAAUUUAAAUUAUUAACAGUUGCUCAAGUAAUUACAUUAUCAGUAGCUGGGAUUUUCAAAGAAUUAUUGACCAUUAUUUUGAGUUCUAUUAUAUUUGGUGAUAAAUUAAGCUUUAUAAAUGUUUUGGGUUUAUUAUUGACUUUUGCUGAUAUUUUAUGGUAUAAUUAUUAUAGAUAUUUUGAAAAUGAAGAUAUAAAGAAUAAAUCACGAGGAGAUUUAGAAAGGUGA